AUGGUUUCGGAGAUGAAUGACUUAUCCAUCUCGAAGAAUGAUCGUGCUUCCCAUUCCAAACUCAUUACUUUGCCUACAAUUUUGACUCUCGGCCGUGUCGCAUCUAUUCCUCUUCUCGUUGCCACCUUCUAUAUGGAUGGUUGGCAAGGAACUGCUAUUACCACAAGUAUUUUCACCGCUGCCGCUAUUACAGAUUGGCUUGAUGGCUAUAUUGCUCGUAAGAUGAAAUUAAAAUCUUCCUUUGGUGCAUUUUUAGAUCCAGUAGCGGACAAGCUUAUGGUUGCUGCCACAUUGAUCUUGUUAUGUACUAGACCUGUCAAAGUUGCUGCAUUGGCACAUGCUCCAUGGCUCUUGAUUAUUCCUUCUAUCAUCAUAAUUGGUAGAGAGAUAACCAUGUCGGCACUCAGGGAAUGGGCUGCUUCCCAGGGUAGUAAAACUUUAGAGGCUGUUGCGGUUAAUAAUUUGGGGAAAUGGAAAACAGCCACACAAAUGACAGCAUUAACCAUCCUUCUUGCUACCCGUGACUGCAGUCAUGGAGGACCUGCCAUUUUGGCAGGCUCUGGUGUUUUGUUGCUUUAUAUUGCAGCAGGGCUUGCCGUAUGGUCGUUUGUAGUAUAUAUGAGGAAAAUAUGGAAGGUGUUAGUGAGGUAA